AUGGCUCAGUCUCAUGUCGAAAUUGCCAAGCAGCUGAAGCACAACUCGGAGGAGAUAAAGGAAUACUUCGAGGAUCUGUACGCGUGGCAAAGCGAAGUUAGCAAAGAUGUAGGAGCGAGUAGUGGGAAGGAGCAACCGUCAUUAGUAAGAAAUGGCGCUGCCGCUAAACCAGAGAUGAAACAGGGCCAGGAUGGACAAGGGGGGCAACCCCAUGGGAGGACGUCAAAGGUUGUGGAUCCCAACGGUGCUCACAUUGACGGGGAAACAAAAUGGACACGAAAUAAUAAUGCCCUAAAGAGAGACCAAAACUCGCUGGAGAGCUACUACAGUGCGUGGGAUAAACUCAAAGUAGAUGAUAUUGAUAAUAACGAAGAGGAAUCAACUGGUCAUGGUGGAGGCUACAUGCGGGAAGCACCGCAGGAAAACGAAAAGGGAGCACAUUCUGAGGGGUCAAUUCAUGGAGCGGAGAACACGGAAGAAGCCCCUACCGUGGAGAUGGAAGGAGGGAAAAAAGCCUACAUGUGCAAUAGUAGCUACGGAAAUGUGGAAACAGAAGGUGGGAUAAUUGAAAGUACCAAUUGUGUGCUCAACGCACGAAAUGAAGAAGACCGAUUAGUGAAGGUCCGAUCCAAAGUGUAUGAUAUGUACCUCUCCAAAAACGAAGAAGGAAAACUUAACUACCAAAACAACAGGUACCAUAAAUGCCUAGAAAAUUAUAAUGACCUAAUUAACUAUAUCGACUUCGAACUAAGCAACAAUAAUAUAUUUUUACAGAUCGAGCAAAACCUAGAUAAUGAGUUAUACUUAGAUGUACUCUCCAACAAAAAACAAAUUUUUAUGAACAAAAAUAUUGAACAGUUAAGUAUUCUUAGGACUAAAGUUCUUGUGAACAGAUCAUUAGUGUAUCAGAGAGUGUCUUGCUAUUUUGAAAGCAUAAAUGAUUGUUCUUCCAUAAUAUUAUUUUACCAUUAUUUUUUGCCUGAGCAUAAAAAUUGUGCUAACUACUGCAUAGCUAAAAAUUCCCUUACGGUGAAUAUUAAGUAUGUUCUUUUCAAGGCAUACUACUUAAGAGGGAUGGCCAGAUAUAAGCUAAAAAUUUAUAAAUUUUCUCUUAAGGAUUUUAAAUCUUCCAAGGAGUGUGCAAAGGAUAUGAACAGCUGUUCCACCCUCAAUAUUGACAAAUCAAUUCAGCUGCUACAAAAUGUGAUAACACAAAAUGAUGCUAAAAGACGGACGAGGAGACAAGCUGAGUACACAUCUACCCUUCUAGAGAGAUACAAACUAAAGCCAAGGCUGUUAGCUAUUCAACUUAUAUCAAGAGAGCACACUGCAGAUGUGACCCCCUUGGAAAAUAAUAGCAACGGCGUUAAGUGCCUCACGGCGGUGUCCAACACGGAGGAGACAAGUACCCGGUGUGCAUCUGGGGGGUGGAGUUCCCCUUGUGAGGAAACGAAAUACCUACGGCAUUUCUGUCAAGGGGGGAAUCAUCGAGAGGUGGAUGAUGGGGCGAGCGGCCGGGUGCGAAAAAACAACAGCGUGGAACAAGCGUCUGAGGGGGAGCACAACAAUGUGGGGCAUACGGACAGGGACAUUGAAAAGAAUAGCCACAUGGAUAAUCACGCGCAUUGCCACCACGACACGGAUAGCAGCCUCACGCUGAGCGAUAACACCGCGCUGAGCGACGUGGAAGAAAUGAAGCCGCCCCUGCUCACCAUUUCAAAUGGAGCAAGCCUUGGGGAAAACAAAAUUAAAAAUAAGAUAAGCUUUGAACUCCUUUGGAAUUCAAAUGAAAUAAAAAGUAAUUUCAAAAAACAAAUCGAUAUUCUCAAAACUGCUUUUUUGGAAGAAGGCAUUUUCGAGUUCAACCUCGAUAAAGACAUUUACGUAGAUAUAUUGGACUCCCUUUUUAAAAAUAACUUUUUGUCCUUGUUUGAAAAUGUGGACAACGAGGAGGGCAUAAAAAUAAAAUUGCAGAGAGGCGCCUCCACAGAGCUUUCCAACAAUGCUGAUGAGGAUACAAAUAAAACUGCCCAGUCACCUUCGAACGGAGAAUUGGCCCAUGCCCAACAAAGGGAAGAUGUGGGAGAAUUGCUAAACUGUGCCGAGUGCGUAGUGCUCAUAGACAUAUUAUAUAUCCUCACGAAUGGCGGAAAGGAAAACUAUGUCCUCCUCUUUGUCGACAAAAAGGAAAGAACAUUAUUACUAACGUUUUACAACUUUAUAUUGAAGUAUACAAAUGUGUUCCUCUGCAAUGAAAACUGCCUAAGGCAGAAGACUCUUUUGUUGAAGGAGUUGCUCGAAAGGAUAUCUUAA